CUUAACUGCAGCCAGCGCUCUCCAGAUGAGCCAGGUGGUGGACAAAUGCACAGAAGCGGUCUCCCUUUACCUCAGUCCCACUCUUACAUUUUUAAAACAGAAUCCAAGCAGAAGCUGGCUGGAUUCCAGCUGCGAUGAUCAGAAGGAAAAGGAUGAAGUCCAGUCCAGAAAUCAAGAGGUAAAGGAAGGGCGAGUGUCCCCGACUCAGCCAAAGCUGAAAGCAAGCCAACAAGCGAAGGCAGUUGGACAAAAACAAGGAGAGCCGAAAGAGAAAAUGAAGUUAACUGAAAUAGUCUUGGAGUCUGACGAAAUUUCCAAGAUCAGAGAUGAUACAAGUCAUGAAGAACUACCAGAAAGCCCCAAAAAACCACAAGAAGAGGAGGAGGGAAACGUAUACUCACUGAUAGAACAACUUCAACCAGAUGAAGAUAAAACUGAUUCGACUUUGUUAACCCACCCAGGAGAACAGGUGACAAAAAGUCACAUGACUGCAGAAGAUGUCUCAGAGCAUUCAGAAAACGCCUCAGUUCAGAGACCAUACCUGUGCAGAAAGUGUGACAAAGUCUUUCAACACCUCGAGAGCUACAUGGACCAUGUCAAGGAGAGCAAAGAGUAUUUCUGUUUGGUCUGCAAAAAAAGCUUUUCAGGGAGGGCCAACUUGACUCGGCACAUUUGCACCUACACCGCUGCCAAGCCCUUCCGAUGCCCCCUCUGUCACAAGACGUUUACGAAGAAAGCUUUGCUGCAAGAUCACUUCCACCUGCACACAAGGGAGACACCAUGUAAGUGUGCUCUGCACCUCGCACUUAAAUGAAAUUUAGGAGCAUCGUGCAAGUCAGACAAGCCUGAGGAGCAGUAGCUUUUUGCAGAAAAUUUUGGUCAUAUUGAUAGUUUUAUUGCUUUUUUUCAUUCAUUUUCUUAUGCAUCAUUCUAUAAAGUCGACAAAU